ACCAAACGGCUCUUUCACGUUAUUUAAAUAAUAAUAAGUGUUUCUUUACAGAAAAGUGCAGAUCAAGACACUGCAAAUUGACGAUUUAAAAAACGUUCCACGCGGUAAGACUUAUCCAUCCCCGAAGUCACAAUCAACUACGUGCGCAUCCACCCAAAAUCUCCGUGGAUAGCUUAAUAAAAGUAUAUCUAACGUGCGAGAUCCUCUUUCACCUCCAUGUGUUAAAUCGCAUCGUAGCAGAUCAUUUAAAUUAAAUUUAUUAAAAUUAUAUAAUUGCGAAACCCUAAAAGAUCUAUUUAUCCAUCUUCUUCUUCUUGCUUUCUUUCCUUAAAUCAUCUAAAUCUUCACGUUACUUCCUUAUCUGCAUUUCAACUUAACCAUGGCUUCGAUUGUCUGCUGUUCCGCUCCAUUUACGAUCCGAGCAUCUUCCGGAUCCGGGUCUAUGAAAAACUCGGAUCCAAACCGCAAGAAAACUGUUUCUUGGUGGGCUCCUCUCUUCGGCAUACCCUCCGAGCCGGAUUACCUCAACAUCGAAACCUCAUCCUCCGUGGCUCCGGAAUCGAACGGGUCGGGUCAGGAUCCGGAUCAAAAGCUUCGUCGUCGCGGGUGUCUCACGGAGGAGAAAGCUAGGGAGUUGAGGAAGAAAAUCGCAGAAGCUUCCACGUUCCACGAAGUUAUGUAUCAUUCAGCGAUUGCGUCUCGGCUCGCUUCUGAUAUCUCGGGUCGGGUCAAGGAGUAAAACGGAUCCGGGUCGCUAUUUUUCAGAUCUGGAGAUCAAUUUGUCGAAUCGAAAAUGUUUCCUCUUUUAGUUGUCGUGUUUCUGUAGGUUUCAGACCAUCUUCUGUCGGUGCUUGUUUUUCAUUGGAACCGUUGGAUUGGCUAUUGUCUUUUGUGUUGUAAAGUCUUGUUUCUAAGAACCGUUGGAUCUUUAGUUAAUUAAUUAAUUACUGUUUUCUUUA